AUGAAUUCACAAACCGGUCUUAGCGAACUCCCAGAAAGAUGUUUGUCACCAAGUCGCCGAAGCAAUCGAAUUCAAUCAAAGCAGGCCUUGGGUGAUUGCACAAAUGAAACUCAAAACACAUCUUUUGCUGUAGAAGUUCCCUCUACCCCCCGUAGAAAAAGGAUUCAUGAACCGUUCUUGGAGAAUUUGACACCACCCAAAAAAGUAAAAUGCGAUUUGAGUACAAGUCGGAAUGAAGAAGGAAUUGAUAAAAGCAAUGAAACAGGGUGUAAAGAAAAUACACCCCCAGACUAUCUAGAGCUUCCUUCUACACCAAAGACACCUCGAACCCCUCGCACACCAAGACAUACGAUUCAGCUCGUGACUCCUAGAUCCUUAAAUCGCAUGAAUAAGUCAACCCCAUUUGCUAGUCGUCUUUUGCAAGCUACUCCUCAUAGACAAAUUGUUCCUCCAACUCCUUCAACACCUUCUACUCCUUCAGCCUACAAUCCAGUCAAGACGUGCCUGCGUAAAUCCCAUCGUUCCACCGGCGUCGUAGGGCGCGAAAAGGAAAAGCAUUUUUUGGAAUCCUUUUUUAAUCAAAACUUAGCUGAUGAGCCAACGGGCGCUGCUCUUUACAUUAGUGGUGCACCUGGUACUGGUAAAACUGUAUUGGUAAGUGAAGUGUUGCAGGGCAUUGUGAAAAAGUUUAAGAAUGCUCAAGUGUGUAACGUAAACUGUAUGACCAUCACAGAACCCAGAAUGAUUUUUGAAAGAGUUUACAGUCAACUCUUUGAUAAAGUUUGCACUCCUGAUGAAGAGGAUUCACAUUCUACAUAUCAAUCUCAAUUAAAGGAAUAUUUUACCAAAAAUCAUUGCUCAUCUGCUCCUCCAGUUAUUCUAGUUUUGGAUGAAAUGGACCAUCUUAUUGCUCGUGAACAGCAGGUUCUGUACACGCUAUUUGAAUGGCCUUCUCUUCCCAUGUCCCGGCUCAUCCUAGUCGGUAUUGCAAAUGCACUGGAUAUGACAGAUCGGUUUCUUCCUCGUUUGCAAACCAAAAACAUUCUUCCAACAUUGCUUCCGUUCACCCCAUACUCGGCUCAAGAGAUUUCUAGUAUUAUAAAGGCAAGACUAGGUUCCGCUUUCCUUCAACAAAAAACCGGAAGUGCAUACCCAAACACACUCGAGGAAGAAAAAGAAAACAGCUUCCCUUCUUCUCAUAACAGGGUUUCUGAUGAAGUUCCAUUUAUUCAUCCAUCGGCCAUUGAACUCUGCGCUCGAAAAGUUGCAGCCUCGAGCGGUGACUUGCGAAAAGCAUUGGACAUUUGCAGGCACGCCAUUGAACUAGUAGAACGCGAACAAAAGUCUCGUGGUUUUGAUACAUUUAUAUCAAUGGACGUUUUACCAAGGGCCAGUAUCGCUCAUGUUGUUCGUGCUACCUCCGCUUUAAGUCAAUCUGCCAGUUCCCGCUUGAAGGAUUUAAGUCUUCAACAAAAAGCUAUUUUAUGCACGCUGGUCGUGUGUAACAAGUCUUUGAGUAUCAGUGAUGUCUAUGAAAAAUACAGUUCUUUAUGUUUAAGAGACAAGUUGAUCCAUCCAUUGACCAGUUCAGAGUUUUGUGAUGUUAUGAAUUCAUUAGAUGCGCUUUCCAUCAUUCGUUUGAGAUCAAAACAAAGAAGUUCAAGAUCGAAUGACCGGUUCGUGAACCUAUUAGUUCCUGAAAUGGACAUCAUUACUGCUGUCGGAGGCAUUGGCACUUUGAAAAGAUUUUUUGACAAACGCUAA